GGCAUAAUGCGACGUUGCAUCUUGACUGUGUCAACGUGGUUUUUCCUUUUUUAGUGUUAAUUGUAUUAAAGACAAAAUCAAAGUCUUGGCAAAUUAGGAUUCUUAUUUCUUUCAGUAUACGUAUCUCUAAAGAUCGCUGCCUCUGAAAAGUUUAAUCUGCCAAAAUGCUUCAAAGUUUUUCUCCGUCGCAUUACUGGGACUAUGACUCGGAGCCGCUGCUGUUUGAUGAAGAGUUCUGUCAGAGUCUGAUGAAGGAUCUGCAGACGCUCCCCACACCGCCCCAGUCUCCACCUAUGAAGACGGGACUCGACAAGCCCCUGUCAAAGGUGGAUCAGCUGGAGCUGGUUUCGGAACUGCUGCUGGAGGACCAGGACUUCUUUCACCUGGGCUGGAACUGCGAUUUGAUUCACGGUGCCGGGAAGGCAGAAACCGGCAGUCGCAAGGACCAAGGACCCGAGGUGUCAGAUGACUGUUUGUGGCAAUGUCUCAGCGACAGGUUCUCGGAGGAGAAGCUGUGCUCCGUGCUCUCCACCAGCCCGCUGCUAUCAGAUAUCGAUACCGGCAUUUUCGAGGAGAUCGCGGGCUCCACGCUCGACUGCCACGGCGCGGCGCUGGAGUGUCAGUCUUUGCAGAACGAGGACUUCUUGCAGGACAGUUGCGAGCAGAACGAAACUUCCGAUUACAGCUCGCUCUCUACGGGGAGCGACUCUUCGAACAGUGACUCUGAAGAGGAAAUAGACGUGGUGACGGUGAGGAAGAGCUGCUCGUCCUCCCAGACGGAGCAGACGGAGUCCCGCCGGCAGCGUGCUGCCAAGCGCUGCCAGCUGGAGAUCCAGCAGGAGAUCCAGCUGCAGCACAACUACGCCGCCCCCUGCCCCGCCUCCCCGCCACGCCGGCCCGACGCCUCCGCCUCGUCCACGCCGCCGCACAAGCGCGCCCGGACCGAGCAGCACCACCGGCAUCACCACCCGGGUUCCGGCCGCGCCCGCCACGCCGCCGCUGCCGCCGCCGCCGAGCUGGAGGACGAGGAGGUGAGGCGGCGCACGCACAACGUCAUGGAGCGUCAGCGGCGCAACGAGCUGAAGAACUGCUUCCUGCGCCUGCGUGACAAGGUGCCCGAGCUGUCCAACAACGACAAGGCCUCCAAGGUGGUCAUCCUGAAGAAGGCCAGGGACAGCAUCCGUGGGCUGGAGGCGGAAAGCCUGCGGCUGGCCGCCAGGAAGGACAAGCUCCGGCAGAGGCAGGAGCAGCUGAAGGCCCGGCUGGAGCAGCUGAGGAGGUAGUGGGCCCACUUAAGGAGGGGUGCACCAGGACAGAGAGGCCAUGAACUGCUGAGCUCAGAGCGGCCCCCCUUCCUGCUCACGCUGGUUUGAACAGGACACUUGAAGGACCAGUGAAAGGUCUGGAUGACAUAGACUGCUGUGCUGAAGCACGUCACUGUGCCAGUGGUGUUUCAGCGAUGUUUAGGUUGUACCUUUUCAGUAGUUCCAUUUGGAGCACAGAUUGGCAUCCAGUCCCCACUAUAUAUACAUGUUAUACGAUCUUAGGAAUUGGCCAAAGACCCAUCAAGAAAAUUUGUAAUAUCACCAGUUUUGUAAAUAUCCUGUUUUUCAUAAAAAAAUAAUAAUUUGAGUGUUUCAGGGCUUAAAAAGCAGAGGCCUUACAUGGUCUUCAAACAUUCCCUUGUUUGUUACAUGGCCACUUCUACACCGUUUCAGAUGUUGGGGUUUUUUUCCAGUAUGUUUGUUUGCUUUUACUUUAUUUUGGGCUGGAACCAAAGUUUGUCUUCUAAUUAAGAGUUUGAUUAUGUCUGCCAAUCUUUGCACAGUUAGUCUCACCCAAGGUCCGGCUUGUUCAGCAAACAAGUUCUCACGUUUGGAUGAAUGUGCAUUUUAUUCUUGUUAGUUUCUAUUUAAUUGCCACACAUUGUGACAGGCUUUGACUUUUUGUGGCUAUUGUAAAUAGCUGAUUAUUGAUUAAAUGAAUUUGGCUGUUGUAUGAAAAAAACAAGGAGUUAGUUCUUACCUGAACACCGUGAGCCAAUUGCAGUGACCUUAGCAGGGAUUUAAACCUCGGGUUUAGACCACCAAGCUCUGAGGCCGGAAAUGGCUGUUCCUCAUUAAGACCACCUGUUCCAACUCAGAGUGCAGUGGCCUUGUGGUUUAAACCCUUGCUAGGGUCAUUGCAGUUGGUACCAUCUGUCCAGUACAGUGUUUUGUAUUAAUUUUUUUAGUUUAAGUAUAUCAUGAGGCCCAUUGUAAACCAGUUAACUGUUUUAACAGUUUUGUUCAUUCAGGCAACUUUUGAGCAUAAUAUUUCGUUUAAUGCAUGUGUUGUCUACCUCAGA